AUGAAAGAACGACUAGCCCUCAGUCGCCGGCCCACUCGGGGCAUGACCCGAAAACCCGGCGUGCUGUCUACGUUCCCACUAGACAAUCUAAUAACCGAAGUACACCGGUUACUAGGGCCGACAUGGACACUACCUCCAUAUAAUAACAUUUUACCGCCAUAUCUACAACAACCGUCUUCGGGACUGGCGAAAGAUGAUUUGGACUUUUUGGUGUUAAAGGGGGCGUUUGAUAUUCCCGAGACGGCGUUUGCGAGGGAGAUUUUCAAGGCUUAUAUUCGACAUAUUCAUCCGCAUAUUCCGUUUUUGGAUUUGGAUCUUUUUGCGGAUGCUAUUUUUGAGGAUGGGGAUGAAAGGAGGAGAGAGGGGAUUAGUCUGUUAUUGUUUCAGGCUGUUAUGUUUGCCGGGGCGAUUUUUGUGGAUUUGAAGUUUCUUUAUGCGGCGGGUUAUCUAUCGCGACGACAUGCUUUGGAGGCUUUCUUUCAACGUGUACGGGUCCUCUACGACUUUGACGUUGAAGACAACGAUCUCAUCGUCAUCCAAAGCCUCUUACUCAUGACAUACUGGUACGAGAAUCCAGACAGAUACAAAGACGGCCGACACUGGAUCUCAGUGUGUAUAUCACUCUCCUGCAAAACGGGCCUUCACCUCGACCACACCUCGGAACCCAAACCAGACCAUAAACUCCGCAACAUGCUCUGGUGGAGCGUCUUCACGCGCGACCGACUAAUAGCCCUGGGCCUCCAACAACCACCCGUCAUCAAAGACGAAGUCCACCUCCCAAUCCCGAUGCUCACCCUAUCAGACCUAGACAUCACGACACAAAAAUAUGCCAAGCAAUGCUACGGCUCUAACGAGCGCGAUCUCGCCCAGAUCUUCAUUGAAAAAGUCAAGCUUUGCCGCUGCGUCAAAGACGACCUCUACUCCUGGGACUGCCAGCCAAUUCACAACCACAUCCCAGCGCUAGCAGCAAAACCCCGGCAAACAAGUCUCUAUCUCUCGAAUCUAGAACUAGACGACUGGUUCCAAGAUCUCCCAGACAAUAUAUCCUUCCACCCAAAACCCUUUCUACCAAUCCAUAACGCAGACUUAAUCUUCCACUCGCACUGCGCAUGGCUCAAAAUGGUCUAUCUAGAGAUCUACUCCACAAUCCACCGCCAACUAGACUUCCUCUCCGAAAAGUACAGUCCCAGUCAACCGCUCUCGCUAGACGGCCCCGAAGAAUGCCCCGUCCUCCGCGCCGCAAUCGAACUCACAACCAUCCUGCAAGACCUCUACACAAAGCAACUAAUCUACUACCUCCCCACAACGAGCGUAGCUAUGAUCCUGCGCGCGGGGAUCAUCCACAUCCAAGAGAUGUUCUCGGGAGAUCCGCACGUUGGCGCGGCGAGUUUCCGGCGACUGUCGCAGUGUAUUCUGGCGUUGCAGCAGUUGGGGAGGAGGUAUGGGUCUGCGUUCUUUUUGGCGACGUUGUUGGGGGCGCCGAAAGGGGCGUCUGUUAUUACGGCGUCGCCGGAGGAGAUUUUGGCGCAUGUUGAUAUUGAGUCUUUGGAUAAGCUUACUGUUAGUUAUGCGGAGAGUUCGGUGUCGACUAUUUUGAAGAUUAGGGAGCCGUAUGAUCGGGAUAUUAUUUCCGGGCUUAAGUCGAGGAAGGUGGAGAGGGGUGGGCGAGAUGGGUCUGUGAGGGUGGCUAGUUUGAAAAGUGAUUCUUCUCCCGGUGAUGCGUUUGAGGUUCGGGAUUUGGACUUUGCGGAUUAUACUUUGGAAUAG